AUGGAGGUCGCUGCAGAUCCCGACUUAUCACGGGAAUUCAUCCAGCUCUUGAAUAAGGAGCUGCAAGAAACGCGGUUUAAGCUACAGGUAGCAGAAGAGAAAUCUGACAGUCUGAUAAAGGAGAGUCAAGGGAUCAAACGCGCGCUGUUCGAGAGGGAUAACCACAUCCGUGACCAAACGCAACAAUUGUUCAACUUGCGCCAACAAUAUGAGGCACGUGGAGCUGAACUUGCCGUCUCGCAGCAGGCUGUUGAUGCCCUGAGACACAAUGAACAAAUGUUGAAGAAGGUCGAUAUCGGACAAAGCAAGAACGUUAGAGAUCAGGAGCUAGCGAUAGAACUACAGAAGAAUGGAGCCCUCAUCGGUGAACAGCAAGAACGAAUAAGCAAACUUCAAGAACAACUUCGACUUCUCGAGGAGACGACGCAACAAAUUAGACGAGGUCACCCAAGGAUCGGUUCGAGGGAUGGCUUUCCGCGCGCUCAUGCUUCAUCAACGGAUGAUGAUCGUCGAGCUCGACAACACUCUCUAUGCGAAAGUGGAUCCGUUGUCACUACAUCUGCAGAGCAGCAUGGGAGAUUGGAGGAAAUGGCACAAUUGAAGAAGCAACUAGAGGACCUGAAGGCACAAAUAGAUGGGCCGCAAAAGUUCUCUACGUUCGUUCAGGUCUUUCUGCCCUCCCUUCCCGGACCGCUUCCUCGAAGACAUGAGAUCGUAAGCAGCAUAAUCGGCGUCGAUAGUGUCGAGGCUUAUUGGAAGAAUUCACGCUAUCCGCGAGACUGGAUUCUCCAUCACCUUCCUGGAGAACACUGUCCUAUGGAGUUCAGUCGCUUAUCAUGGCGCGGACCUCAUGCGUUUGUGGUAAGUCCAACACAUAUCUACUCCCUGGCAAGUGGGAGAAAGAGAGGGCGUUCGUGGAACCAAAACGACGAGUUUACUCGUCUGAUUGGCUGCAGGCGCGAAAUCUUCUAUACUACGGACGACACAACGUUCUAUGCCGGAACGUAUCAAUUUUUGGAAGGACCUAGAGACCUCCAAGUAUCUGAUCUCGUGAACGUUGAGGAAUGGCCACUCGAUCAAGAGAAAUUGAUCAGCAUGUUUGGAUUUACAAACGCGGCUGCAUUGUCACCCAGUGCAAUCCAGUCGUUGCUGUGCAACUUGUAUCAGCAAGGAAUCGCGAAAGUCAACAUCUUCUGUCUCCAGAACAUCGGCUUCAACGAGGAAUACUAUCGGGCGAUGAAGGACGAAGAGAAUCGGGCGAAGUGGGACCUGCAGAACACUGAGAACACCAUCUCAGCUGUACGGCCUGCGAUGCUUUCUCAGUCUAGGAAACGAAACCGAGGGGCCGAAGAUGAAGCCAAUGACUCCACCGACGAUGACAGUGAUGGAGACACGAUCCGUGAUGCGGAUUAUGGUACGGAUGGUCGCACUGGUGGCGGCACGGACGGUGACGAUGAUCCAAACCUACCUUCGAGCGUGGUUGUGAACCAUCGGAAAAAAGUGAAGAAGGCAAGGCUACCUUGUGAUCGGCAUGCCAAGAACUCGGAUCACGAUGUUUGA